CCAAGAUCUAAGAUGGCGAGACGUAUCGGUCUUCACCCUAAAUUCUUCCUCGCCGGCUUGAUGAGACCUCAAAACCCCACUGCCCUCCGUCUCCUCACCUUCUCUCUCUGCACAGACCCCUCGCCGGACGGCACCCAAAACCUUCCCAAUCCGAUAAACAGCAGAAAAAAUGGCGAAAUCGGAGAUCUUCAACGCCGUGAACAUGUCCGCAAGCUUCAAGCUUUGCUCGAGCAGGGACGAAUGGAUGGUGCACAAAGCCUCACUAAGUCUCUCCUUCGAUCCAAAUCACCUUUCUCUUUCCCGACUGAUCUCUUUACUGUCUUCUCUCUCUCCUCACCCUCCCUAAAACGAACUUUCUCAGACAUGCUCCUGCGGUAUUAUGACACUCCAAGAUGCACAGUGAGGCAACGGAACUGUAUGAAGCAUUGAGGAGAAACGUACAAGCAGCUGUAAAAUUGGGGGACUUGAAGCAGGCUAUUGAAUUCGUGGAUUGUAUGAAGAAGAAGGGAAUGAUCCCUAAUUUUUUAUAUAUAAUGUGUUGAUCAGUGGACUAUAUAAGAAGAAGAGAAUGAAUGACGCAGAACAACUGUUCGAUGAGAUGCAUAAGAGAAGUAUAGUGGCAAGUCAUGUUUCAUACAAUACGCUUAUCAAUGGGUACUGUAAGGUUGGUGAGUUCGACCAGGCGGUUAAGUUGAACGAAAGGAUGAAGAUGGGAAAUGUGGAACCAAAUCUUGUUACUUUCAAUACAUUGCUUUCUGGACUUCGUCGUUCCAGGAGGAUGGUAGAGGCUAAAAAGUUCUUUCUGGAAAUGAAAGCUUAAGGAUUUAUGCCGGCUGGGUUUACUUACAGCAUACUUUUUUAUGGGCUUUGUAGGACUGGUGAUUGUGAGACUAUAUUGGCUAUAUAUGAAUAAGUUAGUGGAAAGGGAGUCAGUAUGAAUGGUUAUACUUUAGGUAUUUGGCUUAAUGUAUUGUGUAAAGAAGGGAUGGUAGAAAAGGCAGAAUGGGUUUUGAAGAAAGAAAUUGAAAAUGAUCUUGCUCCUGAUGUGGUACUGUAUAAUACAAUGGUGAGUGAAUAUUGUAGAAUAGGUGAUGUGAAUAGAGCCAUUUCGACUGUUGACCAAAUUGAAAAGCAUCAGUUGAGGCCAAAUUGCAUCACUUUCAAUUUAUUGGUCAACAAGUUUUCUGAAAUGACAGAGAUGAAGAAGGCUGAAGAAUGGAUAAAGAAGAUGGAAGAUUGCUUAUUGUUGGGAUACUUUAAAGAAGGAAAGUUGUCAGAUGUAAAAGAUGUAGUUACAAAUAUGAAGUCCAAAGCCUUUUCUUCUGGUUAGGGGACAUUGUGAACUGAAGGAUUUCAAUGGAGCAUAUGCUCGGCAUAGGGAAAUGUUCGAAAAUGGUUUCCUCCUAAAUUUCAAUAUCUGCAUUGAACUAGUAACCGGCCUUAGAAAGGAGGGUAUGUUGCAAGAGGCCCGUACUAUCUGUUCAGAGAUGAGUUCCAGAGGAAUGGAUGGUUGGAGCACAUAUGAGGACCUAUUUGCUGUUGCCAAAGUAUAAAGACUGAUAUACAUGGCACAAUUAUGCCCUCUAAUGAGCAAUUGAGCUGCAGUUACGUCAACUGGUAAAUUAUUGCAUAUCCUUUACCACAUCUGAUGAAUGUAUUCUAAUUUGUUUAGUUUCUUACUUUGUUCUUGGCUUAUUCUUUCUUCUUGAAGACAAGAGGUGGAAAAUAAUUUUUGCCCAAGGGAGCAAUGUUUGAAGUAAAGCUACAUUUCUCUU